CUGGCAGCCAACACCUGGCUGUUCCUGAAGACCUUCCUGCUGUACUCCACUGGACAGCAGUAUCACUACCUCUACAAGAUGCUCGGGCUAGGACUGUGCAUCAGCAGGGCGUCUGCAUCUGUGCUGAACCUGAACUGCAGCUUGGUGCUAUUGCCCAUGUGUCGCACUCUGCUCACCUUUGUCCGAGGAACACAAAUGGUAUCGAGCAGAGAGACACGGAGACUGCUGGACAAGAGCAAGACCUUUCAUGUUGCAUGUGGAGUUGCCAUCUGCAUCUUUUCUGUUGUGCACGUGUCUGCCCACCUGGCGAAUGUCGUCAACUUCAGUGUGAGCUACUCAGACGACUUUCCUGCUCUUAAUUUGGCACGCUACAAAGGAGAGGACCCCAAGCUGAUCAUUUUGACCACAAUCCCAGGAGUCACGGGCGUCCUGUUGGUUCUUAUUCUCUUCCUGAUGUUCACAUCCUCCUCCUACUGCGUACGAUUGUCAAACUACGAGAUCUUCUGGUACACACACAACCUCUUCAUUGUCUUCUACGUCAUCCUCAUGGUGCACAUGGUCGGAGGAGCUCUGAAGUAUCAGACCAACAUAGAGGCCCACCCUCCUGGCUGCCUCAGAGCCAAUCAGAGCAGCACGGAGCAGCAGGGUGAGGAGCUGGAGCAGGGCGAGGAUGAAGAGAGGAGAUGCGGAGAGGAGGCUUACUUCCAGCCACACUACCCCCAGACGUGGCUUUGGGUGUCUGGUCCUCUCUGCCUUUACUGUGCCGAGCGUUUCUACCGCUACAUCCGGAGCAGCGACCCGGUUACCAUAGUGACAGUCAUCAGGCACCCCUGUAGUGUCAUUGAGUUGCGCAUGCUGAAGAAGAACUUCAAAGCUCGUCCGGGACAGUAUGUUGUUCUUAACUGUCCAGGUGUCUCUUCAUUUGAGAACCAUCCCUUCACGCUCACAACGUGUCCCACAGAGAAAAAGGAAACUUUUGGCAUCCAUCUUCGAGUCGUGGGAGACUGGACUGAGCGGUUCACACAGCUGUUACUUCCUGAACCAAGGAUAGAUUUGGAGAUCCUUCCCAUGGUGCAACAGAGGAGAUACCCCCAGCUCUACGUGGAUGGUCCCUUUGGAAGUCCAUCAGAGGAAGUGUUUAACUACGACGUCAGUGUUUGUGUUGCGGGGGGAAUAGGAGUCACACCGUUCGCCUGCGUGCUGCAUGCUCUGCUUGACGGCUGGACGGGUUUCAGGUUGCAGAGGUUGUACUUUGUGUGGGUCUGCAGGGAGCUCCAGUCCUUCUACUGGUUUGCUGAGCUGCUGUGUGCCCUUCAUCACAAGCUUUGGCAGGAAAACAAACCGGACUACUUUAAUUUGAAACUGUACGUCAGUCAGACAGACAGCCUGCAGAGCAUGUCUGAGGAGAAGUACCGCCCACUCACCUCAAGGCUGCUGGUCGGUCGACCCAGGUGGAAGUUACUGUUUGAUGAGAUUGGGAAGUCCAAUAAGCAUAAGCGAGUUGGGGUUUUCUGCUGUGGUCCAAAAGGUAUCUCCAGGACUCUCCACAGACUGUGUAACUCUGCUCGAUCCUCUGGAACAACCUUUGAAUUCAACAAGGAGUCCUUCAGCUGAUCAGAGUUGGUUCUACAUUUUGAGGUCAACCUCACUGAAAACAAGAGCAACUUUGCCAUUUGAUGUAUAUGAAACUUGCCAAAAUAACUUGUGAAUUCAGAGACUAUAUUAUUAUUUCACAUGCAUCCCCACCCAUGAUUACAAAAGGCCCAGCAGGACAAGACCUUAACCUGCAGCAUGAGACUUGCUCCGCUCUACAAACCAGCCCAACCCCCAGCUGACGGCUUGAAAAGCUUCAACAUCUGAGAAAAACUGAAGACACCAGUCCACUGCACUCAUAAUGCUCUAUGUUUCUAAAGUUAAAGCUAGAUUUCC